UCUGAUCAUAUAUAAUUCUGCCAUGAUCUAGUAUAUCUGAUUUUGAUGCAUUUUCCUCUCUCUCCUUUACUUGAUUUCAGAUGUGCUGUGUUUUGGAGGAGAUAUCCUAAAUAUCACAGGGAAUGUGCUUCUGGCACUCUGGACAGUGAAACAGAAUCAACUCAGUGACAUCAUUACCCUGGUGGCAAAAUGCAGUCUGGAGAUACAGGAGAAAUUUGGGAUCUACCAUACCAGAGAAGGCCAGGACCUGCAGCUAAAGAUAGGUCUGUCUGCAGGUCGGAUUUCCCAGGUUAUUGUUGGAGAUGAGCAGCGACAGUACCUCUUGGUGAUUGGGCGGAAUGUGGAUGAUGUCCAGGUAGCUCAGCGUUUGGCUCAGGCAAAUGAGAUUGUCUUGUCCUGGAACUGCUGGAAGCUUUGUGAGCAGUACAUGUUUGAAGUGGAAAUCAUGAGGGAGGAUGAAGCUGUGAAGUUAAGAGAUAUGCGGAUCAUUGACCCAUUUGAUUUUGAUGAGCAUUUUGACAAGUGCCUUGAUUACCUGCCACAUUACCGGACAAGUGCUGAUACUCUAAGAACUGCCCUGGAGUUGGAUCCAGACUCUACGCUUGAACAAACCCUGCGGAAGCACAUAAUGAAAAACCUCUUGAAGAAGAUUGAUGAAGGGCAGCCUAUGGAGUAUAUAUCCGAAUUCCGUACCGUGACUAUGGUUUUGGUCAGCCUAGAGUUCCACAAGACAGCAUGGAUGUCUCAUUUGUGUCAUCUUAUCCAGGAGGCUGCCCUGUACAUCUCCACAGUCAUAGAGAAAGGGGGUGGCCAGCUAAGCCGGAUCUUUAUGUUUGAGAAAAGCUGCAUGUUCCUCUGUGUUUUUGGCCUUCCCGGGGAUAAGAAGCCAGAUGAGUGUGCACAUGCCCUGGAGAGCUCCUUCAGCAUCUUCAGCUUCUGCUGGGAGAAUCUUGCUGAGACCAAGCUUGUUUCCAUCAGUAUUACCAAUGGACCAGUAUUCUGUGGCGUGAUUGGGGCAGUAGCGAGACAUGAAUAUACAGUUAUUGGCCCAAAGGUGAGCCUUGUGGCCAGAAUGAUAACUGCUUAUCCAGGUUUGGUGUCCUGUGAUGAGGUAACAUAUCUAAGAUCCAUGCUACCUGCUUACAACUUCAAGAAACUCCCAGAGAAGAUGAUGAAAAAUAUCUCCAACCCAGGGAAGAUGUAUGAAUACCUUGGCCAUAGGAGAUGUAUAAUGUUUGGGAGGAGACAUUUGGCCAGAGAGAGAAAUAAAAAUCACCCUUUGUUAGACCGGGAGAAAGAAUUAGAAGCCUUCCAAAUGGCACAGCGGGAAUGUUUGCACCAGAAGAAGGGACAAGCAGUUUUGUAUGAAGGUGGAAAAGGCUAUGGAAAAAGUCAGCUGUUGGCUGAAAUAAACUUCCUAGCCCAAAAGGAAGGACACAGGGUGUUACCAUUGAAGCUGAAGGAAGCAGAUUUCAAGCAGUGCUUCUAUGCCAUCCAGACCCUCAUGGCCAUCUUCUUUGAGAUUGAUGCAUGUCCAGCCUAUUACCGGCAAGAGUGCCUACACAAACAGCUCCGUGGGAUGGUGGAGGAACCUCUUCACUGCCUUUUUAAUGACCUCUUCUUUGUGAAGUUUCCCUUGUCCUUCAAAGUUUCGCACAUGGAUGACCUGACCAGACAAAAGAAGGUUAAGGCAUGUUUUUUUCAAGUGCUUCAGGAGGCAGUGAGGGAAACACCACUGAUUUUCCUCAUUGACGAAGCCCAAUAUAUGGAUGCAGCUUCCUGGGAAUUUUUGGAAACAUUACUCUCCACUGUGCCCAUCAUCAUGGUGAUGACAUUGACCUCUACCUUCACCCUGUGUGGCUGUGCCCAGCACUUCCUGCAGAGCUCCCAGGCUGUCCUUGUGCCCAUUUUGAAGUUGGCAACAACCUCACUGUUGCGAAUGGCAUGUUGGGAACUGGGGGUGGUGAGCAUCCCCCAAGAGCUGCAGAUCUACCUUCUCCACAGGUGCUUUGGAAACCCCCUCUACUGUGAGGUCUUAUGCCAGGACCUUCUCUCCAAAGAUGUAUUGCUCUUUCACGACCUCCAAAAGGAGGAGAAGAACAGCAAGUGGGAGACACUCUCAGCCAAUGCAAUGAAAUCUACAAUAUAUGGUAUACUUCCUGCUGGCUCUGAAGAAGACCAGGAACUUUAUAUCUGCACAGUCAAGGAUGAUGUGAACUUGGAUACUGUGCUUCUCCCACCAUUAUUAAAAGAAAUAGCAGUAAACCAGUUGGAUCAAUUGAGCCUAGAGGAGCAGUUGCUGGUUAAGUGUGCUGCAGUCAUUGGUCACUCCUUCCACAUAGAUCUCCUGCAGCACCUCCUGCCUGGCUGGAAUAAAAACAAGCUACUUCAGGUGCUGAGGGCUCUUGUGGAUAUACAUGUGCUCUGCUGGUUCAGCAAGAGUCAAGAGCUUCCUGCCGAGUCAAUAUUAGUGCCUUCCUCUAUCAAGAUUAUUGAACAAACCAAAGAGCAGAAGAAGAAAAAGCCAGAUGCUGACUCUCCUCUCAGUCUGCAAGAGGAAUUAUCUCUACCUCAAACAGAGAUGCUAGAAUUUGGAGUGCCACUAUUACGGGAAGCUGCUUGGGAGCUGUGGCCCAAGGCACAGCAGAUAGCCCUGCACCUUGAAUGUGCCUGCUUUCUCCAAGAUUUGGCCUGCCGCUGUCAGAGCUGUCAUGGGGGGGACUUUGUCCCCUUCCACCGUUUUGCCAUCUGUUCUGCUAAGAGCUGCAGUGGGAUCUCCCGGUUCUAUAGUUACAAAGAUACUGGCUCAGUACUAACACAAGUGAUCACAGACAAAUUGCAGCUGCCUUCUCCCCAAGAUAGUUUUCAGUUCCAGACAAAACCAUUCAGAAGUCAGGAGGCCUUCACAAGUGAACACUGCAGAACAGAGGAAGAGUUCCUGGAUCAGGUGAACAGGAAGCUGGCUCAGACCAGCCCCGAGAAAGACAUGUUGACCACAAAGCCCUGUCACUGUGAGGAAAUCCUGCAGUUAGUGCUCUCACCCCUCACCCAGCACUGUCUGGUCAUCGGAGAAACCACAUGUGCAUUUUAUUACCUGCUGGAGGCUGCUGCAGCCUCCUUGGACCUGUCAGAUAAUUACAUGGCCUUCUUUUAUUUGAGGAAGGCAAGCAGUCUUCUGGGCCAGCCCUCAGCAUUCUCAUUUUUGAAAAAGCACAAAGUGAAGAUCUGUCAGUUUGAGGAAGCCAUUUUCUGCUGUCUUCGGUCAGAGGUCUGUUUCAACAUGGGACAGAUCACGUUGGCCAAAAAAUUGGCCAGGCAAGCCCUUCGACUGCUGAAAAGGAAUUUCCCUUGGACCUGGUUUGGUGUCUUUUUCCAAACAUUCCUGGAAAAAUAUUGGCAUUCCUGUUCCCUAAGCCAACCUCCAAACAACCCUAGUGAGAACAGUAAGAAGAAGCUGGCAGUCCUGCAGCAGCGGGUCCAUUGCCUCUCCCUGCUCUGGCAGCUCUAUAACCUGGACAACACAGCCAGCAGCCGCAGGUUUGCCUGCCUCGCCACUCUCAUGCAGAAGAAUUCUGCUGAGGAGUUUGCAAAUGAAGCCCAGGAGCAAGGGAGCUACCAAUGGGGACUGGGAACAGGAGCCCGAGAAAGCCGGACAGUGUGUGAAGCUGGAAGUGGUGAGAGGGUGACCAACUGUCCCGUCUGCCUGGUGCUGUGAGUUUUCCUGGGGACACGAGACUUUUGGUGCUACACUGGCAAAGUGUUGGGCAAACUGGACAGGUGGGUAAGCCUCGUGGGUGACAUGAAAGUGCUUAUGUCUGUCCUGCCAAUAUGUAUCAGGUUUUCUUCGAUUUCCUUACGAGAAAGCUAUUACACUAAUGGGCCGUGAAGAGGAGACCUGUCCUCAAUAUGUAACCAAGUGUCUAAAACAGGUACAGUCCACACCUUUGCAGGACAGAGGUGACCAGGCCUCAGGGAGGUGUCAGACUGUGGGCAUUAGAGAAGAGGAAGGAAGCCAGUGUUCAUCUGGGACCUGCUCUGCACCAAACAUCUGGCCUGGGACUUUCACUAAUGGUAUUUCUUUCAACCCCACAAAACCCCAGCAAAAACAGGGUUGAUUUGUUUGUUUGUUUUGUUUUUUAAUAGGUGAGGUUCAGAGGGGUUAAGGAACUUGCUUCAGGUUUCUGCGUAGGAGGCAAAUUUGGAGCUAAAUUACCUGACCCCCUUCAGUCCCGUGUGCGCCCCAGAGAGUCCAAGGCAGGGGAUCCCAGCGGCAAUCCAAACCCUGAGGGGACGUCAAAAUGUGGCAGAAGAAGAAAGACAAAAGGCCAAGCUCUCAAGAUCAGGCGAGCAGCAGGCACUCUCCAGUGACGCACACAGGGGACCAUCCCCUGCCAUCUUGUCGGCCUUGGUGCUAGCAGGUGGACAGGCUCACUCCUGGCUGCUAGACUGUGCCUCAGGUCUGCGGGAAGGAGACGGGGCCCAGAACCUGAUGAGGAAGCUUGACGUGCCGCUGAGUCCAAGGACCUGGGACACAUAGCCUGGACCAGCGUCCCGGAGCUGGGGACAGGGCUAGCGCAACAGCCUCUGUGGGGAGUGGGCAGGGCUGGGCUGGGCUGGCUCCGGGGAGUGAUGUGUAGACGUGAGGCUGGACACGAGGGCUCCAAACCCCAGGAGCCCACGCCCAUGGUAGGGGGCAAAGCCCUGGCCACACGGGCUCCUGGGCUUCCACCUUGCCAAGGCCAAGGAUGGGAGUGCCUCAUUUCCUCCUCUUCCUGCAGGCCUCCCUGGGCAAGUCUCCAUCCCCUCCCUCUCACUCGUGGCUGCGAUGGUGUGUUGUGCUCGGGGGAGAGAUGAAGUUCCUAAGCCGCCCUGGCUGUCCCUCUGCCCCAGUCCUCGGGUCCCGAUAUCCUCGUGGUUCACUUCCUCACCUCCUCCCAGGGCUUCUCCAGCGGUUCCUUCUGAUGCCCUCUAGCAUGACAUCAUCCUGUCCCUUCUGCACUCCCAGUCUGCCUAGUCAUUUGCUCCUCAGCACUUUAUCUUUUUUUUUUAGAAUUUAUUUAUUUGUCAGAGAGAGA